AGAGGACUGGCUAAACAACUGCAAUCUGAUGCCCUCUGCUCAACACGCUGCAGCAGCACGACGUCGUAAUCUACUAAUAAGUCACCUAUUCGACCAGAUAAGCUGCCUCACUGCAGACUUAGCGUGAAUCAGCAGGGAGACGGGCCAACGCUAACCGUGAGUCAGCACUUAACGCUCCGCCCGCGACCUUCACGGAGCUCACGCAGACUUGACGCGACACUUUGGACGCGAGGGAACGGCCGAAUUCAAGGUUUUUUUGGGAGAGGUUGUUAGCCACGUGCUUGCUGCUCGUUUAGUCGACAAAAACCCGGAUGUAACCCGCGCAACAGUUUCCCUAUAAAUGAACGUUACGUGUUCAACGUCCUGGAAACGUCAACGAUUGUAAUAAGAGAAGCAGGCCCACCGGGUGGAGACGGCCAAAGAGCGAGAUGGAUGUGGAGGAUCCACAUCUGGAUUUUGAGGAAUGUAGCACCAAGUGAUCGCACACGGGUCUUCACUGGUAGUCUGUGAUAGUUUAGAGAAAUUCUGCUUUUUAACCUGCAGCAGACUAACAGUUUGGAAUAAUUCCAUGUGAUGUAUUGUGAAAUCGUCGUCUGGUUAUUGAUCCUAAUGUUAUGUUGCCUUAUCAGAGGCCUAUUUGAAGCAGGACCAUACUAUGCUGUGGCGCAUUUGUUGUUUUUGGAUGUUGCGAUUUGAAUCCCAUGUGUGUGAUGGCUUAAUAUGCACCUGUUUUUUUCAGCGAGUGGAGGGCCUGCUCGACAGGGAAAUGAACCCCUCUGAUAAUAUGGAGUGCCCCGGCCUCCCUCAUGCUUAUCCAAUCUGUUUGCCACAAGGCCAAUGGGAAGAAAGAAGAGGAGAAGAGGAUAUCCAGUUGUCACGUUCCUGUUGCACAGCAGAGGUACCCAUUGAACGGGGGAGUCUGAGCCCCAUAACCGAGUACUGGGGGUACUCUAAUGACCAGCACAACAUGGCCGACUGUGCUGGAGGCGGGACCUUCACCAGCCCCCGUAACACUCCUGUGACCCCCGGGCCUUGUCCGGUCGUGCCUGUCCCUGGCUCAGCGAUAGCUGCUGCUUUUGCAGCGAGCACCGGGGGGACGAGCUCCGACACCUGCGCUCCCAUCAGCCCUGUGUGCAGUCCCACCAGCUCAGACUGGGACGCUCCCAGUCCUGGCUGCUGUGACGGGGAUCCUGUUUGUGCUGCAGCUCACCUCCACCUGUUGGGAGAAUCCUUGUCCCUGAUUGGACACCAUCUUCAGGAGACAAAUAAAACGGUGAGCGCGUCGAGCAGCGCGUCUCUGCUCUUGGACUCUCUGCUGUGUGCCGUGGCUCCUCUCAUCGGCCUCACCGCACAGGUACCAGAGCUGAGGAGCUGCACUCGGCACACGUUGCGCUCCACACUGGAAAACAUUUCUUACCUGAUGCCCGGGUUGUGAGUGUUGAUGACCCGACGCACCCCUCACUGCACAUUCUGAUGGACGUUAUGAGUUAGUUUACAUUUGGAAGAGGCAUCUUUAAUAUUUUGUUUUCAUUAUAGAAAUUGAGAGAUAUCGCAUCAUGCAAGUUUAAUUUAAUCUUUUGGGGAACGUCCUGGUAUUUGUUGUUUAAUUAAAUAGGUGUGUAAAGGUUUAAU